AUGACUUUCGAAAACUUCCUCAGAGGCCCCACCGAAGACAAAAGUGUCCCACAGCAGCCACCUACCGAGAGAUACCAGGCAGCCAACAGCUACCUGGAGCUGUUCUCGCAAAAGGGCAAGCUCGUGGUGGUGACCGGCGCCGCCGGCGCAAUUGGCGGCGCGAUCUGCGAGGGCUUCGCGUCCGCGGGCGCUGACCUGUGUCUCGUGGACUAUAAGUACGAUGCGGAGCUCGCAAAGUACCUGGCGCAGAAAUACGGGAUCCAGGCGCGCGCAUACCAGGUGGACAUCACCAAAGGCGACGACGUCAAGGCGUGCGUGCAGGCGAUUCGCGACGACUUCACGGGCCGCGACAUCGAUACCUUCAUCGCCAACGCGGGCGUUGCGUGGACUCACGGCAGCAUUCUCAACGAGAGCGCCACGCCCGAGGCGUGGCAGCGCGUCAUGGACGUGAACGUGCAAGGUACGUUCCACUGCUCCAAGUACAUCGCCGAAGUGUUCAAGCUGCAGGGCCACGGCUGCCUCAUCCUGACCGCGUCCAUGUCGAGCCACAUCGCCAACGUGCCCAACUACCAGACCUGUUACAACGCCUCCAAGGCCGCUGUGCGCCACAUGGCGCGGGGGUUCGCGGUCGAAUUUGCGCACCUGACCGAGCCUGCGGGUCGCAUUCGCUGCAACUCUGUCUCGCCCGGCUACACCGACACCAUUCUAAGUUCUUUCGUGCCUACGGAGCAGAGAGCUCAGUGGUGGGGUCUUACCCCGCAGGGUCGUGAGGCAUUGCCAGAGGAGCUGGUGGGUGCCUACCUGUACCUGGCUUCCGACGCUGCCAGCUUCACCAACGGCUGUGACAUCUCCGUUGAUGGAGGCUACACAUGUGUAUAA